GUUCAGUCGUCCCAGCAGUAAAAACGUAGGUGGACUGACUCACCGUUCCGAAGCCGCCGCCAACCCCGCAUUCGCAUUCGGCCAACCUGCGAUGACUUCAGCUCAACUCCCAGACUGCGCUUCUACCUGACCCGCCCUAAUCAACAAGCCCACAACCGCAAUGGCUGCCUGUAUUUUCUGCAGAAUCAUCAAGGGAGAAAUCCCCUCCUUCAAGCUCUUCGAAAGCGACAAGGUCUUCGCUUUCCUUGACAUCCAGCCUCUCAGCCGCGGACAUGCGCUGGUGAUUCCCAAGUACCACGGUGCAAAGCUCACCGAUAUCCCCGACGAGGAUCUUACAGAAAUCCUGCCCGUCGCUAAGAAGAUCGCCCUCGCAACCGGUGCAACCGAUUUCAACAUCCUCCAGAACAACGGCCGCAUAGCCCACCAGGUUGUUGAUCAUGUUCACUUCCACAUGAUCCCCAAGCCCAACGAACCCGAAGGUCUCGGAAUUGGAUGGCCUGCUCAGGCUGCGGACAUGGAUAAGCUCAAGGAAUACUACGAGUCUCUGAAGUCUAAAAUCUAAGGCGAUGAGCCUUGGUAUUAUCCGGGCGUCCGCCAUGUCCUCCCCAAUCACUUAGCUAGGAUCACAAUCAUUCAUCUAUAAUGGAUCUAUACUGGAUUUUUU